AUGACAUACAUGUUUGAGAACAAACUAGUGAACGAAUCUGAAUUGAAGGCAAUCGACAAGAAGAUAGAUGAGUUGGUGGAGAGAGCUGUGGAGUUUGCAGACGAGAGCCCUGUUCCAAAUCGCAUCCAGCUGCGGGAGAAUGUGUUUGUUGAUCCAAAGGGCUUUGGAAUCGGGCCUAAUGGAAGCUACAGAUGCGAGGAUCCCACCCAAGGAACAACUCAGGUCUAA